AUGCAGCACCUCGACAGCCCCGAGCCACCCACAACGCGCACCGCCGAGCCGCUCCCCCGCCGCGACACAUCCUCAUCGCUCCUCUCGCUCCCUGACGAGCUCCUCGCCCUCGUCGUCGACCAGGCCCUCGGCGAGUUCGCCCCGAGGCUGUACAAGACGCGUCUCGACGGGGUUCGUGCCCUGUCGCUCGUCAACAAGCGUGUUCGGGCUGUCGCGCAGGACGAGCUCCUCAAGGCGGUGCACAUCUCGAUCGGCCGCGAUGAGGACGCCGCAGCAGUCGGCGACGAGCUCGUCGUGCGGGGGACGGUGGCAAGAGCGCGGGCGCUGUCGAUGGGCCGCCUGCGAGUGACGGAGGGCAUCAUGCGCGCGCCUCAGUUCCUCUCGAGCUUCCGCGGCCUACGGCGUCUGUGGCUCGUGCGCGUACACGGCGUUCGCGUCGAGGACAUCAACCAGCUUCAAGAGCUCCGAGAACUCGUCUUCGCCCAAGUUGACCUCGUCGUCAGCCGUCCUCUCGCCCUCUCGCGCCUCACAUCCCUCGACCUGUUCUUCAACACUCUCACGGGCCGCCAAAGCCUUGUCGGCAACGGCCUGCCGGUCCUGCAGCACCUGUUCAUCGGCCAGGCGGUACACGACGCGCACAAGUUCGGCGACCGGGAUCUCUUUAGUCGCACUUCAACUCUCGCCUUCGAGCUUCAGAGUACCGACGGGGCGCCGGGCGCGUGGUCAAACCUCGGCCUCGACAAGGCGACCCUCGACAAAGCUUUGUUCGACUUUCUGCCGGCCGAGGUCGAUCUUCUCGGCGCCCGCCGCGUCGAGGUCGAUGUGCAAUACGUCCGCGUGUACCAGUUCAGCAUGAACAACUGCUACUCGCCUGGCGAGCUCGCCUCGCAGCUCGACGACCUGGCAGACCGCCUCCACGACAUCUUUCCGGCCCUCGUCAGCCUAUACAUCGCCGCCGACCUCGACCCUCAGCACGUCAUGCUCCCGAGAGCCGUCGCCGACGCCAUGAGCGCCCUCGCGACGGCGUGCCGCCUCAAGGGCGCCGAGCUCGUCUAUGAGGGCUCGUUCGACGAGUACGUCGUCGGCGAGAGUCGCCGGUCGGCGCACUUUGAGGCGAGGUGCAAGCGCGUCGAGGCCGAGCGGGCAGCGGCGGCGGCGGCGGCGACGACGAGCACGGCGAGGGCGUGA